AUGAAAUUCCUUCAAGUAUUACUCUUUACUUUGGUUGUUUACACUGCAAGCGCAUAUGCACGAGUCUGUUGUACUAUUUUCGAUGCUGACCAAGGACACAUUCUCAAUGGUACCAAGGAUAUAGCUUCAAUCUUCAUACAAACUGAUGGUAGGGAUCAUGCCGAUUGCCAAGUUGCUAUGGUCAUUAAUGCCGACAUCAAGUAUAAAGGCAAAUGCGCUUUCAGAGAGUCUGAUAACUUGGUGACUGCUGAUAUUCGUGUGAACAAUGCUGACUACCAUGUUUCUUGGAACAGAAGCAAAGAUACUUGUGGUGCCCAUAAUAUUUCAGUAAGAUCUAGUGACUGGUCAAAUGGAAAGUGGGAGCUUCGUCAAUCUUCAAGAAGCUGGAGUAACUGUGCUCCUGCUUGGGCUGGUUUCUAA